AUGGAAACUGCACUCAAUAUUGGCAUAUCAUGUGGACACAUUAAACCCACUUCUUACAGCUAUACCAUCAGUAAUUGUCGAGACAGGGAAGCCAUUUCAUACCACCUGACAACGCUACAACUUGAAAUCGAAUUUAGAAAAAAUCAAGAGUGUUCCCUCCUCAUUGAUGGUGACAGCUUAGCUACGGCUUUAGCUGAGGCACCCAACGAAUUUCGCAUUGCUGCAAUUAAAUGUUCAGCCGUUUUAUGUUGUCGCCUAAGUCCAUUACAAAAAAGUCAAGUGGUUGCGUUAAUAAAAAAUGCUCCCGAACAAUAUAUUACCGCAGCCAUUGGUGAUGGUGCGAAUGAUGUUAGUAUGUUGCAGGAGGCACAUGUUGGUAUUGGUGUAAUGGGUAGGGAGGGACGUCAGGCAGCACAAUGUUCUGAUUUUGCUAUUGGCAAAUUUUCUAUGCUACAACGAUUGCUGCUCGUUCAUGGUCAUUAUCAGACACAACGUUUAUCAUUGCUGCUUUUGUAUUUCUUCUAUAAGAAUGUCUUCCUUAUGACCAUCAUUUUCCUGUUCCAAUUCUAUACGCUAUAUUCGACAACCGCUCCCUACGAUUCAUUGCCAAUGACAUUAUAUAAUAUUAUAUAUACCACGCUACCGAUAUUGUUUAUAUCGUUAACGGAAAAACCUUACAAGGAGGAGGAGUUAAUGAGAAAACCCGAACUCUAUCGUAAAAAUACCAAAAAUAAGCAACUACAAUGGCCAACAUUUUUAGAAUGGAUUUUCUUUGGUCUUUAUCAUUCGAUCAUAUGUUUCUAUUUUGCCUCGUGGAUAUUCUCUGGCAAUGAUGUUAUAUUGAAUGGUGGUCAAACUGCGGAUUUUGCCUGCUAUUGUGCCUUGCUGCUACACAUUGUUAUCAUUGUGGUUAAUUUGAAAAUAUGGUUGGAAUCUCAAUAUGUAACCUAUUGGUAUAUUGGUACAAUUAUUUUGUCGAUAUUGGCAUAUUUUCUUACAACGUUUCUGUAUAACUUUUGGAAUCAUCAUUAUGAUACCAAUAUCUAUGGAGCAUAUAAUAAACUUCUGGUCUCCAUACCAGUGUGGUUGUUUUGUGUUAUUACCACAGUGUCCUGUUUGCUGCCUGACUAUGUUGUUCGAGUGCUUAGGCAGACUUUUAAUUUUACACGUGAAAAUAAAAGUGUGUGCUAA